AUGGCGUACAAACAGCAGCCAGCCCAGGACGAGCUGGAGCUGGAGACGAUGGCGGAGGCCGAGCUCUCGCGGCUGAAGAGGCAGUACAGGAUAAUGGAGAACGACCGGGCGACGUGCGCGGAGGACGCGAGGCUGCAGCUCCGCAAUCAGCAGAAUGCGAUCGACCGGCUGGAGUACGAGAAGGCCGAGCUCGUGCUGGCGAUUAAGACCGCGCGCUCGAAGGCGUUCACGCGCAGGGACGCGGAGAUGGACGGGAGGCUGAGGUGCCUGCUGACGAGGCGCGCCAAGUAUAUCGAGCUGAUAGAGAACGAGAAGCGUCAGAUAGCCGAGCUUGACGAGCAGAUCGGCAAGCUUUCGAAGGAUGUCACGAGCAUGAGGAUGAAAGUGCGCACGGACGUGCAGUCGCGGGAGAUAGCGGCGCAGCACACGAGGACGAUACUCAUGCUGGAGAACCGGGUGGAGGUGGCCACAAAGCGGUUCAACCUGGUGAUAGCGGAGAACGCGCGGCUGCGCGACGAGAUCGAGACCCUGCUGAAGGAACGGUCGCAGUUCAUGCAGAUGUGGAACAAGCUGAUCGGCCAGUUGAACACGGGCAAGCAGAUCAUCAACGACCUGAUCGAGCAGGCGACGGUCACGUUCAAUCAGCGGGACGAGGAGCUCAACAAGAUCCAGGCGCUUCGCGAGAGGGGGAUAAGGGAUCUGAAGAACCACACGUCGGAGAUGUGCGAGCUAAAGAGGACUCUGGACAACGAGAUGAAGCUGCAGGAGUUCCUCGGCGUGAAGGGACAGUUCCGCGAGAUGGUCGAUCUGAACGCGAAGAGGGAGGCCGAGAGGCAAGCUAGACGGGAGGAGAAGCAGAACAAGAUAGCGGCCUUCACGCAAAUCUUGCAGACGAUCAAGCAAUUCACCGGCGAGCAAGAAAUCGACAAACUUACCGCGCACUUCAUCAAGCAAGAGGAGGAGAACUUCGCGCUCUUCAGCUACGUGAACGAGCUGAACGACGAGCUGGAGAGUCUUCAGGCGAGGAUGGAACAGCUGACGGUGGCCAUCGACGAGGCGCGUGCCCUGAAUGUGCAUCGCGACCAGCAGCAGGCCGAGAACUUGGAGAAGAUCACCAAGGAACUGGAGGGACAGACAGCGCUAGCGGACGCUGCCGAGGAGGAUCUUACCAAGUGCAACGACGUGAUGGACAAGCUGCUGCGGGGGAUCGACGGCCUCUUCAAGGCGAUACGCUGCGACAACUCGCCGAUUUUGGAACUGCUGGGCGACAACGCCCACGUCACUAUGAGCAACGUCAUGCUCCAUCUGGGCAUCAUCGAGAAACGGAUCACCGAGAUGUUCCACAAGGUCUACUGGGUGGACAAGGAGGGUAAAAUUCCGCAAAUGCGGCUGGACGAGGAGAGGAAGCCCAAGCUGAAAGUGCCCGCUCUCAGUCGCAUCGUACCCACCCAACCAUGCGUCCUCUGCGUGGAGCAAGAGCACAUGCAGUUCGUCUCGGAGGGCCUGGAGGCGCCGCUGACACGUGCCGAAGCCGUGCAGAAGCUGCGACAAAGGCUCUUGGAGGAUUACGCGGAGCUGCUUCACAACGUGUCCGCCUGCCACUUACCGGCGGCUAGGAAGAUUAUUCAAAGGCGUUAUCAAUAAAGGGAAUUAACGCACAUUUCUCCUCGUGGACUUGAGACGUGACCUUUCCGCCAGCUUCGUCACGACGUUCGCGUGAAGCUUACGGGGAUUCAACACACGAGGGUGUCGCCAGAUCGUCGCAAGCGCAAUGGCGACACAAAGAAAAUAAUAGUUUUAUGAAUUGACUUUUUGAAUUGUAAUGAUUUAUUUUACUUUUAUCUACUUUGAGAUGUUAUAUUUAUAUAUAUAUAUAUGUGUAUGUAGAUUUAAAAAAACAUUAGUCACGUUUUUUUUUAAAAGAAAUACUACAACUUGAAAUUUUUCGUCACCUGCGAGCGUCACCAGUCGCUUUCAUUCAUUCGCUUUGUCGUCACCUGCGGCUUUACGACACCGCAGAAAACCCGCAAUCGGUCGCGGUAAUGGGACUGAUAGAUACCUCUAU